AAUUUAGCUUAGGACUUCGGAACUUCUUAUCAUGUGUCGUUGAAUUUGGGUAUCACUACUAUCACUAUAUUUUAAUUUUUAUUUUUUAACUCAUAUUUCCUGGUGUAAGUAGUUAAAACUAUUUUGUAAAUGGAAAACGAUUAAGAUUAACGAUUUUAUAGUUAAAUAGUUAAUAUUUCAUAUUUUGCACAAUGACUUCACAUGUAAAUAUGAUGAAUAAAUGCAAAACGCUAUUACCAAUUUUAUCGCACAAUCUUCAUAAAGGACAAUCUGGAAGAAUUGGUGUUAUUGGAGGUUGUGAAGAAUACACAGGAGCCCCCUAUUAUGCAGCCAUUAGUGCGCUACGUACUGGAGCUGAUCUUGUUUAUGUAUUUUGUUUCAAAUCUGCUGCUCCAGUUAUAAAAUCAUACUCACCAGAACUUAUUGUGUUACCAUAUUUGGACAGUCCAGAUUGUAUUGACCGUUUAAAGCCCUGGUUAGAAAAACUUCAUUCUCUGGUUGUUGGACCAGGACUUGGUACUAGCCCUAUUGCUCAAGAUGCUGUUAGACGUAUUUUUGAACACAUCAGUAGAGAAUCAAAUUUUAACAAUAAAAGAAUGCCAAUAAUAGCUGAUGCAGAUUCUCUUAAUGUAAUUGAACCAGAAACAUUCCGAUUUUAUAAUGGUUGCAUUUAUCUUACACCAAAUGUUCAUGAAUUAACUAAAUUAUCUAGUAGACUGAUUGGGCGUCAAACAUAUGAACCAACAGUGACUGAUGUUCAGGCUCUUAUGAACAAAUUAGGAGGUAAUUAUGUUAUAGUAUUAAAAGGAGCUGAAGAUGUUAUAGCAAACAUAAGAGGGACUUUAGUGUGUACCGAACCAGGUUCAGCUAGACGAUGUGGAGGCCAAGGUGAUAUACUAGCCGGAAGCAUGGGUACUUUUGCUUAUUGGGCUUCCAAGCAAACUCACUAUUGUGAUGAAUUAGAUCCAGAAGUUCUUGCUGCUUAUGCAGCAAGUGCACUUACUAGGCAUACAAAUAAAAUAGCAUUUAAAGCAAAGGGUCGAAAUAUGAUUACAACAGAUAUUGUUGAAUUGCUACCUAAUGCUUUCCAAACUUUAUUUAACAACUGAAAAAAAUAUAUGUAUAUUUAUAUAUUUAUUUAUUUUCAUACUUGAUCAAUUGUUAUGUUAUACAAUAA